CAACCUUUUCUCUCUGUCAAACCUAAAAAGAAGCUUCAAAAAGCUACGCGUCCCCCGCGAACCCUAGCUCUCUCUGUCUCUCUCUCUGCACUGCGACUUCUGGAUUCUUAAGGGCCAACCUUCCAUGGACGACAAUGGAGAGCAGCACCGAUCCGAUCCGUUCGCGGAGUUUGCCCCCAUCUCCAGCUGGCCCCAGCUCGGGCCCGACUCGGACGGCCGCUACUUCUUCGGCGCCGACCGGGACAGCGCCGUGCUGAGCGAGUUCGGAUGGAACCUCCCGGGAGCCGGAUCUGUUGGGGGAGCUCCCGACUGCUUCGGGGACGUCGACCAGAUCAUCGCCGAGGGCGAGGGAACGGGAUCGGCUCCUCGCGGCUCCGACGCCGCCUCGGGGGCCGCGGGGGACGCGUCGACGUCGAACAGGUCGGCGUCUUCGGGGUCGAGUGAGGAUCCGCCGGAGAGGUCCGCGGCCUCCGGCGAGAGCUUGCUGGCGCCAGAAAAACCGAGUAGAGCUCGAAAGAAAGGACAAAAGAGGAUAAAGCAGCCGCGGUUUGCGUUCAUGACUAAGAGUGAGGUUGAUCAUCUUGAAGAUGGGUACCGCUGGCGAAAAUACGGACAAAAGGCCGUCAAGAAUAGUCCAUUUCCGAGGAGCUACUAUCGUUGCACGAAUAGCAAAUGCACAGUCAAGAAGAGAGUGGAGCGGUCCUCAGAAGAUCCUGCGACCGUAAUAACCACCUACGAAGGCCAACAUUGCCACCACUCCGCCGGGUACCUCCGCAGCAGCAGCGUCAUUAGCCACGAGGCUGCCUUCGGCAGGCGAUUAGCUCAUCCGGCUUCGCAGAUUUACCGUCCCACACGAGUUCUUUUACCCCUAGAAACUUCUCCUCAUAACUCAAACACUCACAGUGUGCCGACCUCUUCCGGAGACUCCCAACGGCUGCCGACGUCUUCCGGAGAAUGCGAUGCGCUGUUGGGCGCAAACCAAGUUCUUUCUACGGAAGGACUGCUUGCCGAUGUCGUGCCUCCUGGAAUGAGAUGAGGAUCGAAUUAUGGCUAAUACAUUGAGGCAGAUGAAGCAGACAGAUACGCUGUAAUGUUGUCCAUUGGUACUUGGUAGGUGACUCCACAACCACCGUAACCACAUUUCUUCUUGGAGAAUAAAGGUUGCAUCGAUCAGCUUUGAUUCCUCAUGAUUCCAAUGGAACUAAUCAUUCUUUCCAGCCUUACAAUCCAAAGGGUGUUAGUCCAACCACUCUCCCUGUUGUG